UGUGUGACGUGUCUCUCUUGAUUUCUCUUUUUCUUUCGAAAUAAGAAAAAGUGCAUCUAACCUGUAAUUCAGCUUGACGACGGGAGAUGGUAAAUAGUGGCUUGCAGUUCAUGAUCCCAGCUAUAGAAAUCAGACGCUUAAACGGGGAAUAGUCCCCUCAACUCCGCAUUCUAAUCUUAAAACUAUACUAUUAUUCUGAAGAAAAUGUAUAGUGCAUGACACCAUUGCAUAAUUAAUGCUGCUUUUCAUUUCCCACUCCGUUGUUUAUUACUUUUUUGUUUAAAUUGGUUGCUUAUCUACAAAUAAGCCACGAGAUACCUAUUAAAUCCUGAGACAUUUCACGCAGCUUUUGACAGAGGUUAGUUGAGGGUAUCACGUGAUCUCUCGGUGGCUCUUUUUUUCUGUGCACUUCUCAUUAUUAGCAGGUGUUGUGAAUCGAUAGGAUAAUGAGCGUUUUUAAUUACGUGCUAUUGCUAUCGCACAUAACUAGGUACGUAGGGGAAAGUAUAUAGCUUUAAAUUCCCCAUACAUUCUUGUCAUUCUGUACAACAGACGCAAUGAAAAAGAUUCAGUACACAAUAUUUAUGUAGUGCCUCUUAAUCCCAGUUUUAGAGAGACUGUGAGAAUUGUUAAAAUCUGAGGCAGUGAGAUGAUUAGUCAUCAAAUUGCAAUUUGAACAUUAUUAAAAUACUUAUAAGCAUCUGCAGAGUGUUUUCCUUGUAGGAACAGUGUUAAUUUCAUUAUGAAGGCUGUAGCUGGCAUUGGGGUUACUGCAGCAUGGAGCCAAGAGUCUCACAUUGUGGAUGAGCCCUUGCUUUUUAAACAAGGUGGCAGUUCUGACACUGAAAGGCGUUGAGGAGAACACCGAUCGAGUGUUUGUCAGGUUCAACUCUAACCAUGGUUUCCCUGUGGAACUGGAUGAAGAUGCCAGCAUCUUCCACCUCAAGGAGGUGGUUGCCAAGCAACGAGGGGUUCCAGCUCAGCAGCUGCAUGUGAUUUUCGCAGGGAAGGAGCUAGGGAGUGACUGUACACUGCAGAGCUGUGACCUUCCUCAGCAGAGUACGGUCCAUGUGGUCCUGUGCUCUUCCUCACACACCGAGAAGCCAGACAGCGGGGGAGCCAGCGGUGGGGCCCUUCAGAGGCCACUGCCCCAGGGGGUGGACAGUCUGACCCGAGUGGACCUCAGCACCUCCCGGCUGCCCGCUCACUCAGCUGGACUGGCUGCCAUUCUGGAGGAUGAAGACCUGAGCCUGCCUGCUGGGCCUGGUCCCACAGAUUCAAGACCUCACAGCAGCUUUUACGUGUUCUGCAAAAGUGUUUGCAAGUCUGUUCAGCCUGGGAAGUUGAGAGUAUGGUGCCACAAAUGCAAGCAAGGGACUCUGACUCUGAGCAGGGGCCCUUCAUGCUGGGAUGAUGUACUCCUACCAAACAGGAUACCUGGAGUCUGCCAGUCUCAGGACUGCGAUGGGAGUGUGGCAGAGUUUUACCUGAAGUGUGGAGCCCACCCUACCUCCAGCAGUGAUACCUCUGUAGCCCUGGACCUCAUUACCCCAAACACAAGGAGGAUCCCAUGUAUCACCUGUACUGAAGUGUUGAAUCCUGUCUUGGUUUACCAGUGCCCAGACCGUCAUGUUAUCUGCCUUGACUGUUUCCAUCUGUAUUGUGUGACAAGGCUCAAUGACCGCCAGUUUGUCCUUGAUGGCCAGAUUGGAUACUCUUUGCCCUGUGUGGCCGGCUGUCCAGACUCCCUGAUUAAAGAGCUUCAUCAUUUCCGUGCUCUUGGAGAGGAGCAGUAUGAGCGCUACCAGCGGUACGGAGCAGAGGAGUGCGUGCUGCAGACGGGGGGAGUGCUCUGCCCGGCGCCAGGCUGUGGGGCCGGAUUGCUGCCAGACCGCGGACAGCGCAGAAUCGAGUGCCAGCGGAGCAGCGGUCUGGGCUGUGGGUUUGUUUUCUGCCGCGACUGUAAGGAAGCAUACCAUGAUGGGGACUGCAGGGUCUCUCUGCUGAGAGAAAGAGACUCUACACUGCAGAGAUUCUCUGGCUGUCCGCAGGGUUACAUCAUUGAUGAGGAGGCUGCACGGCAGGCCAGGUGGGAACAGGCAUCACAGGAAACCAUCGAGAAGACCACCAAGCCCUGCCCCAAGUGUCAGGUACCUGUGGAGAAGAAUGGAGGCUGUAUGCACAUGGCGUGUCCAAGGCCGGUGUGCAGGUUCGAGUGGUGCUGGCUGUGUGGGGUGGAGUGGAACAGAGACUGCAUGGGCAACCACUGGUUUGGCUGAACACACACCGUCCAGGCCUCAGGAAUAUCUGCAGGAGUGGUGCAGCCCCUCCAAACUCUGAAGUACACUGUUCACAUACAGUAGUUUGCAAUAUGAUUGUAUGAUUGUAGAUUUGCAAUUGCAAUCUCCAUUUAUUGAAAAUGUAAAAUGAAAUCUAAUGAAGUUAAUUGGCCUAUUUGAAUGGUUGUUGGUUUUUUAAUGAAAACUGUAGUGGGUAUUGAAUACAAAAACACUGGCAAAUUCAAGUUGCCAUAGAUAACAUCAAUACACACCACAGGGUACAAUAUCAGGUAUUAUCAACAUGAUUUUACACCCCAACGUCGAGCUGUGAUGCACACUGAUAUGUUACUAUGCUUCAAUGUUUGCUGUCAUCUCCAUAGUAAAAUGUUUCCCUAGGUGUUGUUUGUAUGUACCAGGGUUCACUAUGACACAGUGCACGGUUUUUGUGAUAGGGUUGUUAGAAUGUUAGAUAUGUUUUCCAGCAUUUUAUAAUGUUACAGUACCAUAGACCCAUUAACUUUAUUAUUGUACCGUAUUUAUUUUAUGAGGGUUAUUUACUGGAAAGGGUAACUUUUCAAUGCUGUGGUAAGUUAAUUUCAAAAUAAGUCUCUUACUAUUACAAAUUACUUUAGUAAGGUAUUUCUUUUUAAAUGAAUAACUUGUGGGUUAUUGGUUUUAAGAUGUAUUGGGUCACAUAGUAAACGUAUACCCAGUAUAUACUGUAGAUCAAAGGAUUUUUAAAACAUCUUAUGAGUUUCAAAAACCAAUUCCUUACACAAGUAUCUUCUAAUUGUAAUGGAUUACUUUUUUGAAAGGACGCCACAUUGAUUAUUUCUCAGGUCAGAUUUGCAUAACAUUUUCAUCAACAUCACAUUACUUUUUUCAGUGCAAAUGUCUAAUAUAUUUGUGUAAUUAUAGCUAUAAAAAAUAAAC